AUGCGCGUAAACAACUCAGCCAGGCGGCCUCGGAACCCGCUGCUACUCAGAACACCAGAGGAGCUUGAAGAUGACGUGCACAAGUUCUAUGAUCGAAACAAUCUGAAAGACGUGGUCGACCUUGAGCUGCUUGUCAAAGGAGCCCGAAUAGCACAGGAACCCGAUAAUCUAUACACACUCAGCUUAACGCCAGCAGAGUUCAAGGCGAUAAAGGAUGAAAAGGAGUCGGGCUUUUGGCAACAAAGUAAAGACCUCAAGGUGACCAUUUUAACCACAGCAUGUGCGGCGAUCACCCAGUAUGUACGCCUGGCAGGGAGUCAUAUCAUCUUUAGGCUCCAACUAACUAACUCUUAUAGAGGCUGGCAGCAGUCCACGAUCAAUGCGGGUUCAGAAGGCUGGAAGCAUGACUUGUCACCCCAAGGAGAAGACUGGACGCAGUCCCAUCUAUUAUUGGGUGGCUUUAUUGAUGCUGCGCCUUGGUUAUCGGGAAGUAUUAUUGGAACCUGGUUGAGUGAUCCUCUCCAAGAGGGCAAUUAUGGGAGGCGCCCAGCACUGUUCAUUUCAGCCGUUUUUUGUGCUGCUUGUGUACUUGGUACCGCUCGCUGUGUGACAUGGCAGCAGCUUCUUGCUUGUCGAGUGAUACUCGGUAUUGGGAUCGGCGCGAAGGCGUCAAUCGCCCCCGUUUUUGCCGCAGAGGCAGCGGUUGACCAUCUGCGCGGACGGUUGUUGAUGAUGUGGCAGUUGUUCGAUACUUUUGGUGUCUUUCUUGGCUUCGCCUGCGAUUGGAUUGUCGAUCGCCAAUGGAGGGUGCUUCUAGGGACAGCGUCUAUUCCCGCUCUUAUCCUCCUCUUCCUCGUCUUUCUUUGUCCCGAAUCCCCGCGGUUUCUUAUCCGUAGAGGAGAUUAUACCGGGGCAUUCGUGAGCCUCCGACAGCUACGAGGCACAGACAUCCAGGCUGCGAGAGACCUUUAUUAUAUCCAUAGUCAACUACAAGUCGAAACGGAGAUGUUUGAUGGGAAGAGACCACAGAACUGGUAUAGUGAAGAGAUAUACCAAAAGAAGGUCCGAGAGACCCGUUUCCUCAAGCGGAUUGGAAAGCUUUUCAGCCAUCCACGCAACCAAAGGGCAUGUGUGGCUGCGUUUUUGGUAAUGGCGUCACAACAACUGUGUGUUAGAUCAACGUUCUCUCGUUUUACUCUUCUCGACUCUUCGGUAAAACCACGCGGGAGAAAACACUGGAUACAAAUGGUUCCCAGCAACGUGCGGAUAUUAGGAUUCGGCUUGGCGAACUUCCUCUUCACUAUUCCUGCGUAUCGAUACAUUGAUUGGCGUGGGCGUCGGCUUCUUCUCCUCAUCUCGCUCGCGGGAAUGUUUCUCAGUCUACUUGCUAUUGGGCUUUUUUUCCGAAUCGAAACCUACACAGUCAGGCUGGCCCUCGUAUCAACUUUUACCAUCGGCUUCUUUACAUUCUUCUAUGGUAUCGGUGCGGGACCAGUCCCUUUCACCUUCAGUGCCGAAGUCUUUCCACUUGCGUUCCGUGAAGUCGGCAUGAGCUUCAGCGUUAUGGUCAAUUUCCUGGGUCUGGGGCUUCUGGUACUAUUUGUACCCAAAUUGACCGAUGCUUUGGGCAACUACGGAGAAUCCAAAUUAUGUUUUCUGUUCAUGUGGGUGUUUCCUGUUCUCUCAGUUGCAUGUUCGGUCGGAUUUUAA